ACGCAUGAGCAACAUCUCGCUUUCCUCCGGCACGGACUCCGUGGGCCACAUGGAUCGCGGCAGCAGCUCCAGUCUCGCUAGCAGCGCCACCGUUGGCACCAACACCAUCACCAGCGGCAUUUCCAAGGAGUGCGCCAAUUACCCCGUCGGCAGUCAGUCGGCCCGUCCAUACGUCCAACUGCCGGGCAUACACAUUUCCAACCCUCCCAAGUACGGGCCAGGGAAUAUGCAGGAAAUACACGCUGGCAAAAUGGCGCACAACGGCAAGGCACUCACAGGGCGCUACAAUGCCACGCCCACCUAUGGCUUCGACAACGAGCAGAACUACUGCCUGAAUUCCCAACAGUUGCCGUCUCCAAUGCCCCCUCCACCAUACGCCUUGGCACGCGUGAGCAGCACACGCAACUUCGAGCUCGAGAACCACACACCGCCGGCAUGUCCCGGCUCUGGACCCAUUGCCAUGACGAACGGCACCAUCCAGUUGCGCCUCCGCGAUGGCGUGCGCAUUGACAUGACUCUGGACAAGGCGGUGCGCGUGCUCAAUCAGCGCAGCAUGGUGGCAGUUGCUCUAUCACGCAACUGCAGCAACUCGGCUUUGAUCCACCCAAUGGACGCAUCUUGCAGAGCGGCGCUAAAGUCGAAAUAGUCAGCUACGACGGCA